GACAAAGGGGUUUCACAGAUUCACAAUGAACACGUUUCUAUUAUUUAUUUUUCUGUCAGUUUGUAACGUACGCACUGGAAUGGUUGACGAAGAUAUUCGGGCUCCAAUUGACGGAUGGCCCACUUGUGAGCUAGGAGGAAGAUAUGAUUUAGUUCACCAUGAAUAUUGUGACAGAUAUUUCACAUGUCACCAUGGUGAAUCAUAUUUGAGACAAUGUGAAGAUGGACUAGGCUUUGUUCCUUUCAGCGGAUGUAAGCUACUGCAUUUGGUGAACUGCUCAGGAAGGGAAAAAUUACAAGCUGCAAAGGACAGUGGAGAUUGUCCUCGUUUGUACGGCAUACAUGCUCACCCAAAAGGUUGCAGUUACUAUCUACAGUGUUAUAAUGGCACAGCUUCAACUCAAAGUUGUGCAAAUGAUCUAAUAUUUGAUACAGACAAGAAAAUUUGUCGCCCACCAAGACCAUUAGAAAGGCAGACAUGCAUUAUUCCUUCCAACUCUCAACCAUCAGAAUUUCAUUGUCCAGUGGAGAAUUUAUUUCCCUUUGGAGACCAUUCACGUCACCCUCACCCAGUGAACUGUGCAUUUUUCAUAAUGUGUCUUCGUGAUGGCUCACAGAAGAUUGGAAGUUGUGAACCUGGAAAAGCAUUUAGCAUAAUAUCUCAAAAUUGUGUACCAGUGGAAAAAAUAUCCAAUUGUAAAUUGUAACUCAAGUUUAUUUUCAGAGAAGAAUAUUCAGGGGUUUUUAUGUAUUUUAUUUUACAUCAAAAUAUGUAACAAUGUUGUACAAGUUGUACAAUGCAGCGAUACACAAGAUAAAUUACAUUUUGUUCAAACCA